AUGAGGAAUCGAAAAGGGAGCACUCCUCAGAAAGGAAGACUGGACGAGGAACCAAAAAGACCACUGCCGUCUAGAAAAGAAGAUUCCUGGUCGAAUGAACAGGAUUUCGAUUUGACUAUGAUGCUGGCACUUAGCGCAUUCCGCAUGUUCAGUGGAUUUUUCGGAGUAAUCAAUGACUGCGAUGAGGUUUACAACUACUGGGAACCGCUACACUUAUUUCUUUACGGAGAAGGAUUCCAAACUUGGGAAUACUCCCCGAUUUACGCAAUUAGAUCCUACUUUUACAUUGGUCUUCACUACAUUCCCGCUUGGUUUGUCUCCUUCCGGCCCAAAGUUGAAGUUUUCAUAUUCAUUCGGUGCAUUUUGAGUCUCCUCUGUGCGUGCGGAGAAUACUAUGCGUACCGCGCGAUAUGUAGAAACAUCAACGCCAGAACUGGUCGAUUCUUCUAUUUCUUCUCGGUUUUCUCUCCCGGAGUGUUCCUGGCAAGUGCUACUUUUUUGCCGUCGUCUUUUUGCAUGUCGCUUUCAUACUACAUCAUCGCAUCAUUUGUCUCCAGACGCUGGACUUUGGGUAUUUUCUGCGUAGCGUUUUCUGCUUUGGUUGGAUGGCCGUUCUCUGCAGUUAUUGGAUUACCGUUUGUUGUGCACAUGCUCUUCGUGGAAGAUUUGAAAUCAGAGUUUGUUCUCGCAUCUUUGGGAUCAGGAUUGGGUAUCGGAGUUGUCCAGUUCCUGACUGAUACUCACUAUUUCGGAAAACCCGUGGUGGCGUCCUUGAAUAUAGUUCUUUAUAACGUCUUGAGUGGGCCAGGACCUUCUCUAUACGGAGAGGAACCUAUCACUUUCUACAUCAAAAAUCUUUUCCUCAACUGGAACAUCGCUGUUUUCAUUAUCUUAUUGGGAUGUCCUUUAACUCUCUGGAGGUUCUGGGCGUCGAGGAGAGCAGGUGGCUUGGGUGCAUUUUACCGAAGGAACUCUUCAGUCGUGCUGUUCGCAAUUACUGCUGCCUUAUGGAUGUUGAUUUUCGGGUCACAAGCACACAAGGAAGAGCGAUUCCUAUUCCCGAUCUAUCCAUUCAUUGCUCUUCUCGCAGCUGUUGUGUACAACUGCUUUUUCGAAACUAUAAUCGGUCAAUUGGCAGUAAACCAGAGGACAAUAAUCACAGUUAUGAUUCUCUCUUGUUUCGCACUCCUAUCUACUUCUAGAGCGUUUUCCGUUCACCGUAAUUACGCAGCACAAUCGGAAAUUUACGAAGUCUUAGAAAAAGAACUUGGGUCAGGCGUGGAAUACAAUGUUAACUUUCGCUUUGGCAUGGAGGAAAAUGGUGUCAACAAAGACGAACGUAUCAAUCCGGGCUCGAACGACGUUCAAAUUUGCGUCGGCAAAGAGUGGCACCGGUUCCCAUCGUCCUUCUUCGUUCCCAAUUACGAUAGAAAUGGAAGAAAAGUCAGGAUGCAGUUUGUGAAAAGUGAAUUCACCGGACUUCUUCCGAAACCAUUCAAAGCGACCAUGAAUUUGAUCGAUUCCACUCGCCACGAACCUUCUGAUAUGAAUAAUAUGAACAAAGAAGAAACGUCUCGAUACGUUAGUUUAGAUUCGUGCGAUUACUUCGUCGACUUGGAUAUGCCUGCCACUGAAUUGGAACCGAAUUUAGGAGAGAAGCCUACCGAAUGGAAGCCAAUUAUCACACGCCCAUUCAUCGAUCUGUCGAAACCAACGAAAUAUUUCGGCUUACUGCGAGCUUUCUAUGUUCCACACUUCUCGGAUAAAGCGAAUUCGAUGACUACAUAUACGGUGUACAAAAAGAUUUCGGAGUAG